AUGAGUUUCACCCAAGAAAAUGGACUUCAUCAAAGAGACGGCAGUCGAACGCAGCUUUUUGGCGCAAAAUACGAUAACUUAGUCAAUAGGGCCAGUUCUCCUUAUGAUAAAGGGGGAAGUCUGGACCUUUCGCAGUCGACGCUUUCGAACCUUGAAGAACAAAGUGACAAGCAUAUGAGCGCUAUGGGUGAAAGAGUGAACGCGCUAAAAUCCCUGUCUCUUAGGAUGGGGGAAGAAAUAAGAGGCAGUAAUGAUACGGUGGGUAAGCUUGGUGAUGCAUUUGAUGGAACAAGUAAGCGGCUUAAAAGGACCUAUGUUGAUAUGAUGAAAAUGGCAAAGAACUCAAGGAUUCCUUUCAAGACGUGGCUGAUAAUAUUUCUCGUUGUAUUUUUGCUUUUUUUUUGGGUCUGGAUCUCAUAA